GUAAUAUCAACCAUUAUGUGUUUAUUAGGAGGAGGUGACAGAUUCGCAAUGUGUGAAAGCAUGUGAAGAGUGUGAGGAAGAUGAGUUAUACGCAAAUCUCACCAUGCCUACAGAUUCACAAUAUAAUUUAUACAUGAAUGCAAAUCAGUUACAAGGGGAAAUAGAAGAUUGGAGUGACAUUAAUGAUGAAUUGUUUGCCUUGUUAACUCUACCUGAGGACUCUCAAGAGUUUUCCUAUAGUGGAGCCCAUGGAGUUGCUACAUUACAAGGGUCACAAGAAAGCGAAUUAGAAGAAUGGUGGAAUAGACAGUUGCAGACAUGGUUUCCAAACAUCAGUGCCACCCCUGUACAAUCGGGAGGUGGUCCACAAGCAAGAACAACACAGGGGCAGGACAUAACACAAGGCUCACAAGAAAUGGAUAUGCAAGAUAGUGACAGCGAACAGUUCUCUGCUGAUUUUCCAAGGCCACAAAGCGAUCGACAGAGUAUUGCACCACAGCAGCACCCGUCAAGCCCUGCACAGGAUUUACAAGGGAUGGAAAAUGAACCCCAACCAUCAACAUCUCGUGGAAUACAAGAGCCUGUUUGUAAAAAGUCAAGAAUGUGGGCUGACAUCCCUCAGAGGACGGUAACAGACAGUGACAAUACCAGUGAAGAGGAUGUUAUGUCAGGAACCCAAUCAGCAGAUGAGGGGGAGGCAUUGGAAGACUCAGCCACGCUAAGUGCAACAGAAAUCCCAGAGGUGUUCCUCGAAAGAAUGCAAGCAUGGCAUAGAAACUUUGAGAAUUUCACGGCGACAGAAUACUAUGAGCGUUAUAGAUUUGUAAAUAUGGAAUAUGUUCAAUCAUUCACGCAAGCUAUAGAUAUUAUUCAUAAUGAGAUACAGGGCCUUUUGAACCGUAUUUCCAGGGAGAUAAGGCCCAAUGAUUUUAUACAAUUGCGGAUGGAUGCUGAGGAAUUAGGGAGGCCCUUAUUUAGUGUUAGGAGGCAUCUGGAGGAUUUAAAUGCUGAUCAGUUCCUUAGUUAUGUAGAGAAUUUAUUACAGAGCAACGUUGAACUCUUGUGGAGGAAUUCUUUGGAAUUUACAGUCACUAUUGUGAAGAACCGGGAGGGUGGAGGUCUUAGGAAAUUAGGAACAGUUCUAUUCAGUAAGGUAUUGGAGAAGAAAAAACAGCACCUGAUUGAUUUCAAUGUGGAGGGGAUGUUUCUGUGUUUUGCAGGCAGCCUGCUGACAUUGUUAGAUAACGGGACGUCUACUAAACAAGAAAUUAUUACCAGAGCUGUGGCCCUACAUAAAACCCUGGGUAUUCCUACAGAUCACAGAAUUGACUUUUCACAGAUACACUUAUUUGAGGACUACUUCGGUAUAACUAUAAAGAUCGUGUUUUACCAUGAAGGGGGUUGGAGAUUUUUUGUAACAGGAGGGUCCCUGGAAGUAAGAGUAGAGUUUAUGCUGUUACACGACAGUCAUUACUACGGUGUAAAAAACAUAAAAGGCUUCAUGGGUGCUCGUUACUUCUGCAAGAUGUGCCACACAGCAUAUCACCAUAAAUUUAAGCAUGAUUGUCAAUAUUUUUGUCGAGCCUGCACAGGCUCAGAAUGCCGCAAAUUGCCAGGAAGGAGUGUGAAGUGCCAAACGUGCAAAACGCUUUGCAGAUCUAAGUCAUGUCUUGAAAUGCAUGAAAGGCUGGCUUCGGAAGGAAAAAUUAGUUGUGAAGCUAAUGUGUUUUGUUCUAGGUGUGGUAUCUAUGUGCCGGCCCCACACACCGAAUGUAAGAAGGUAACGUGCGGGCAGUGUGAUGCUGUAGUAGAUAACUUGGUAGGUCACUUAUGUUUUCUGAAAAGGCUUUACAAACCAAAUAUCGGUGCCAGUUACAUUGUGUAUGAUUUUGAAUGUUGUCAAGAAACAGGAACACACAUACCAAAUUAUGUGUAUGCUAUGGACAUGCUGGAUGGUCAAGAGGUUAGAAAGUGGGAAUGGUCCGGAGUUAAAUGUCUGGAGGAAUUUGUGAAAACGUUUGUGCAGCCUAAGUUUAAGGGUUCCACAUUCAUAGCCCACAACUCCAAGAGUUAUGAUGGUUACCUAAUCCUCAGGCAGUUGAUUCGUGAAAAGGUGAAGGUAAAACUCUUAACUCAAGGAGGCAAACUGUUAUGCAUAACCCUACCUAUGUUUCACAUACGUUUUAUUGACAGCCUUUCUUUUUUACCAAUGAAGCUUAGUAAAAUGCCAAAAGCUAUGGGUUUUCAAGGCUCCAAGGGUUAUUUCCCUCAUUUGUUCAACACUACAGAGAAUCAAGAGUAUGUUGGAACUUUGCCAGAAGCCAGGUAUUAUAGUCCUGAUACCAUGAUGCCUGGUGAGAGAGAGGACUUUGAGAAAUGGUAUGCGGCUAAUAAAGAUACAGCAUUUAACCUCAAAAAAGAGCUUGCAUACUAUUGCAAAGAGGAUGUAAAAAUAUUACGGAGGGCCUGCAAUAAGUUUAGAGAACAAGUUAUGGAAAUGACAAGUAGAGAAUGUUUCACAGGGAGGGGGGGAGAUAUUCUUGAAGAGAGAGAGAUUCACUGCAUUGAUCCUUUCCAGUAUGUGACAUUAGCUUCAAUUUGUAUGGCACAGUACCGAUUCAUGUUUUUAAAGAAGAACACAAUCGCACUGGCGCCUUUGGACAAUUACCAGAAAAGCAAGAAAAGCUUUUCUGCUUGCUCUAUACAGUGGUUGAUGUAUAUAGAGCAUACAGAAGGGAUCAACAUCCAACAUGCACUGCAAGGUGGUGAAAAGCAAGUAGGUAUCUAUUUUUUGGAUGGUUUUGCCGUCAUAAACGGGAUACCCACAGCGUUUGAAUUUUAUGGUUGUUUUUUUCAUGGAUGCCCUAUAUGCUACAAGCCCCAGGACUUCAAUAGUCUGCUUGAUUCAACCUAUGGCAUGUUGCAUGCUCGCACUAUGGCUAAAGAAGAUUACCUACAUAGUUUAGGUUUUGUAGUACGAAACAUCUGGGAACAUGAAUGGAACGGCCUGAUGAAGAGAGAUGCGGGAUUGAAACAAUUUCUAACAGAUAGUAAAAUCCCAACACCCUUGAAUCCCAGAGAUGCCUUUUUUGGGGGUAGAACAAACGCCACAUGCCUGUACUAUAAACCAAAACAGGGAGAACAAAUCUUGUAUUAUGAUUUUACAAGCUUGUACCCCUUUGUGAACAAGAACAAGAUGUAUCCGAUAGGUCACCCUGAAAUAAUCUACCAAAACUUUGGGGAUAUAAAACAGUAUUUUGGACUUGCAAAAGUUAAAGUGUACACUCCGAGAGGCCUAUACUUUCCGGUACUGCCGCAUAAGGCAGGCGGAAAAUUAAUGUUUAGUCUGUGUGCAACUUGUACGGAAAAUCAACAAGUCACAGAAUGCCUCCAUAACGAUGAGGAAAGAGCCCUAACCGGCACAUGGUGUACUGUAGAAUUGAAUGUGGCUCUAGAGAAAGGCUACAGAAUUGCAGAGAUCUACGAAGUUUGGCAUUUUGAAAGGAAGUCAAAAAACUUGUUUUCAGGUUAUAUUAACAUGCAUCUCCGUCAAAAACAGGAGGCUAGCGGGUAUCCCGAUUGGUGCAGAACAGAGGAAGAUAAAGAGCGGUAUGUUCGGGAUUAUGAAAAGAAGGAAGGUGUCCUUUUACGCAGGGAACAUAUUGAAGUCAAUCCUGCUAAAAGACAGAUUGCUAAACUGUUUUUAAACUCAUUGUGGGGUAAAUUUGGCCAGAGUACCAAUCAUAUGACAACAUCUGUGGUGACAGAACCUGAAGAAUUAUUUCAAUAUCUUUUUGUUCCCUAUUACGAAGUGUCCUCCUGCGAAUUUUUGGAUGAUGAAGCAGCCGUUGUAACGUGGAAAACCGCCAAAAACCAACCUACUAAGUCAACGUGUACAAAUGUGUUCAUUGCCAGUUUUACAACUGCUUAUGCACGGCUAGAAUUAUACACGUUAUUGGAUCGCUUGGGGGACAGAUGUCUCUAUCACGACACCGAUUCUGUCAUUUUUAUUAGCAGAGAGGGGGCGUGGUCACCUUCGCUAGGGGAUUAUUUAGGACAGUUGACAAGUGAGAUUCCCCCAAACACUUCAAUCACGGAGUUUGCAGCAGUUGGGCCAAAGACCUACGGGUAUGCUUUGUCAAACGGUGCAACUGUGUUAAAGGUGAAGGGGUUGACAUUAAAUAGUGCCAACUGUGUAAAAAUUAAUUUUGAAACUCUGAAAGAGCUGAUUGAUGAUUAUUGCCUAACAGGGGGUGAGGAAAAGAAAGAGAUUCGGGUACAGCAGCCUGGAAUUGUUAGGAUUAAGAAACAGUGGGCAUUGGAAACACGGGUGCUCAGGAAAACUCUAAAAGUUAACUAUAAUAAAAGGGUGCUCAAUAGAGAGGAUUAUUGUACGCUGCCUUACGGUUAUUAAGUAUGAUGAAAAACAGUGCACAAUUUGUACAUCCUUUCUCAUGUAUUAUAAGUGGACCUUCCAAUUCUGGAAAAUCGUAUUUUAUAAAACAAAUGUUAGAACAUGGUGAACAUGUAUUAUCUGAAAUGCCUCAAAAUAUUAUAUGGUUUUAUAACUGUUGGCAACCUCUGUACAAAGAAUUGCUUAAUAAAUUUCCCAAUAUUAAAUUUGUGGAGGGGCUUCCUGACUCUUUUGAAGAUGCUGAGUUGUUUCCACCAAAUCAAACCAAUUUAGCAGUGGUAGAUGAUCUCAUGGCUUCUGCUGGUGAAAGUGAGCAAAUAGAGAAGGCCUUCACACAGUACGUUCAUCACAAAAAUCUUAGCAUUAUUCUCAUACUUCAAAACCUGUUUUUUCAGGGUAAGAAAAUGAGAACAAUAACUCUAAAUGCAAAAUAUUU